AUGUCUCUUUUCCGCAUCCCAGUAGAGCUCCUCCUGGAGAUUUUGACUCUUGCUCUUGAUGAGCAUCUAUGUCCUACUGAUGUUCUACGGGUCAACCACACGAUCUCAGAGCUCGGCCAACAUAUCCUGCACUCCAACCUCCAUUUCCGUUCCAUUGGCCAACUCACCGUGUUUGCUCGGGAGACCACACCUCUCGUGUGCCCGCCUAAAAGCCUGGUGAUAACGCUCGCCGGCGGGUCGGCUAGUUUCGAUGUGUUCCUUCAUUUGGCCGACGCCCUGCUGCGAUGUAAGCAGAGCAUCGAUGACGAGGAGCGAAAGCAGGAUAAGCCGGUCCCACUGGACCUGCUCUCGUUGUGCCUACACUCUCACACCAGGAACCCGCAUCAGAAAUACAUAUACGAUGCUUUGACCCUGGCAAACCCGAAAACUUUCAUCUGGACGGGUCCCGAUCCCGACCACCACUUCUCCACAGCGGUCAGUCCAUUCUACUACUUCGUCGCAAUCGUGCCAGCGGCGACGUUCCACCUCUUCUGCGCGAUCCGGACAUGGACGCACAUCGAGCACAUCACGCUUGCGAACCUCUCCUUCCCAUCUGAUCAGCUCGGGAUCCACAUGCCCCACGAUACGCCGCUCUUGCCCGUCAUCCCGAGCCUGCGCACUGUAUGCCUCGGGCAGGCAACCCUCCUCCCGCCUGGUGCAAUCGCCGCUAUGGUAUGUCUCCCGGGCCAGGACAGCCUCGAGCGCAUCAGACUCGUGGACGCAUAUCGGCAGAGCAUCUGGGGGCCACGCUUGCGCAGGGGAGACGUCGAGCGGGCUGCCAUUGCGCUAGGUGUUGGAGACCCUCACACAGUUGUGGAGAAAGUGCGGAGGCUCGUCGUUUGCGAGGCGAAGAACGAGCGCAUCAUGGGCGGAGAUCGUGUCGAGGGACUCACCAUCUUGAUCUGA